GCUGCUGCUGGGGGAGGGGGGGGAGAUAUCAAUGCGCGUUCCAGGCGCUCAGAUAGCGGGCACGCGCUCUCUCCAUUCCCGGGAGCGCGCACUAACCCUGCUCUGUGGAUGGAGGAGGAGGGAAAUGAAGACCAAAUGGAUUCCGGGUGAGUGGAAGAUGGAGAGCUGGGCACAUGACGGUGAGCGGCCUGUGUACACCUUCCCGGGCGGUGGUUAUGGUCCCUCCUGUCAUUAACCCUCUCAUUGUCCUGCCAUAUGGAGCAGGCCCGCCUGGAGGGAGACAGUAAAAUACCUCAGCAGGCUGGCCUCCACUCCCUGCAAGGGUUAACUGCACAGCCCUGCACUGCAAGGGUUAACUACACUGCAAGGGUUAACUGCACAGCCCUGCACUGCAAGGGUUAACCGCACAGCCCUGCACUGCAAGGGUUAACUGCACAGCCCUGCACUGCAAGGGUUAAUCACAGAGCCCUGCACUGCAAGGGUUAAUCACAGAGCCCUGCACUGCAAGGGUUAACUGCACAGCCCUGCACUGCAAGGGUUAAUCACACAGCCCUGCACUGCAAGGGUUAAUCACAGAGCCCUGCACUGCAAGGGUUAACUGCACAGCCCUGCACUGCAAGGGUUAAUCACACAGCCCCUGCACUGCAAGGGUUAACUGCACUGCAAGGGUUAAUCACACAGCCCUGCACUGCAAGGGUUAACUGCACAGCCCUGCACUGCAAGGGUUAAUCACACAGCCCCUGCACUGCAAGGGUUAACUGCACUGCAAGGGUUAAUCACAGAGCCCUGCACUGCAAGGGUUAAUCACAGAGCCCUGCACUGCAAGGGUUAAUCACAGAGCCCUGCACUGCAAGGGUUAACUGCACAGCCCUGCACUGCAAGGGUUAAUCACACAGCCCCUGCACUGCAAGGGUUAACUGCACUGCAAGGGUUAAUCACACAGCCCUGCACUGCAAGGGUUAACUGCACAGCCCUGCACUGCAAGGGUUAAUCACACAGCCCCUGCACUGCAAGGGUUAACUGCACUGCAAGGGUUAAUCACAGAGCCCUGCACUGCAAGGGUUAAUCACAGAGCCCUGCACUGCAAGGGUUAAUCACAGAGCCCUGCACUGCAAGGGUUAACUGCACAGCCCUGCACUGCAAGGGUUAAUCACACAGCCCCUGCACUGCAAGGGUUAACUGCACUGCAAGGGUUAAUCACACAGCCCUGCACUGCAAGGGUUAAUCACACAGCCCUGCACUGCAAGGGUUAAUCACACAGCCCUGCACUGCAAGGGUUAACUGCACUGCAAGGGUUAAUCACACAGCCCUGCACUGCAAGGGUUAACUGCACAGCCCUGCACUGCAAGGGUUAAUCGCACAGCCCUGCACUGCAAGUGUUAACUGUACAGCCCUGCACUGCAAGGGUUAAUCACACAGCCCCUGCACUGCAAGGGUUAACUGCACUGCAAGGGUUAAUCACACAGCCCUGCACUGCAAGGGUUAACUGCACAGCCCUGCACUGCAAGGGUUAAUCGCACAGCCCAGCACUGCAAGGGUUAACUGCACAGCCCUGCACUGCAAGGGUUAACUGCACAGCCCUGCACUGCAAGGGUUAAUCGCACAGCCCUGCACUGCAAGGGUUAACUGCACUGCAAGGGUUAAUCACACAGCCCUGCACUGCAAGGGUUAACUGCACUGCAAGGGUUAAUCACACAGCCCUGCACUGCAAGGGUUAACUGCACUGCAAGGGUUAAUCACACAGCCCUGCACUGCAAGGGUUAAUCACACAGCCCUGCACUGCAAGGGUUAACUACACAGCCCUGCCCUGCAAGGGUUAACUACACAGCCCUGCAAGGGUUAACCACACAGCCCUGCACUGCAAGGGUUAAUUACACUAAAUUGGUAUACAGGGGACGAUUGCAAUGUAAGGGUUAAUUACAUUGUGUGGGAAACGGGGGGCUGAUUUACUUUGAAGGUUAAUUACAUAUGCAAUAGGGUUUGUAAUUACAUUGUAUUAGAACACAAUGGGAUAUUUGGACUUUAAGGGUAAUUAAUUUGUUGGGGUGACCGAUCGGUCCCAGUUACUAGCAUCCGGCACCUUGACAUCGUAAGGUUACAGAAAUGCAGUAAUAUUUUAUUUAUCAACAUUAUGUAUUUGCAUUUUUAAUUUAUACCUUGUUUUACAUGGACCCCCCCCCACCCCAUGGUUACAAAGUGAUGUGUUACUAUAAUUUUGGUUUUUAGAUCACUUUUACAUUACAGAGUACAUAACAUAUAACAUAACUCACAAUUAAUGGUAAUGGACGUUGAUUUACAAAGUGUUCUAAAAAUAGAAAACAGAUCAAUAUAUACAUAUUUUUAACCUUCGAUUUGACCGCCGUAAGCUUUCCGAAAAAAAUUAAAGUAAAACAUAUAUUCUGGUUGACGCUCAUUUUGGUUAUAAUACUUGUCAUGGUUUCAGCCCCUUCUUAUAGCCCUGCAAAGUAAAUAAUAUUCAUAAACAAUAAGGACAUCACACACUCUGCACAUUUCAUGUUGCGCAGGGCUUUACGGUAUGCGUUUACUUUUGGGAGUCAAAACGGUGUGUCUGGGUGUCACAAGGAACAAGCCGGUCCUGAUCGAUCCUCUUGGAUCCGCCUGUUCAAUGCUCCUCGAUGAAUGAAACUCCACAGGUAAAUCCUGGAUGGAUCCAUUUAGUUAGGACAAAAUUAAAAGGAAUUUGAUUUGUCACUCCCAGCUGAAGAGCAUUAAUGCACACGUCGAAUACAUAAUGGAGUUUAAUUAGGGCUAUUUAUGUGUAUUUUUCUUUGUGUUAUCAUUCAAUGUCUAUUGAAAGCAGUACAGAAUAGAAUAUAACCGUACACUGAGGUGGCCUGUGGACAUAAAGUCCCUACAGGUAUGUAAGAAAAAUAUAAAACCACAAUUUAUUAAAGUAUAUUAAAAAGGAACAUAAGAGGCACAUACACAACAUCACAUAACCUAUAAUCCCUUAAAGGAGCUAUUAAGCUCUGCAAUCCCAAUAGGAGAAAGCAGGCGGCUACUUAAAUGAAAUAAACGGUAACAACACCUGGAAACUUGGAAUAGGUCAUCUUAGGAGGGGAAACUCUCUAAUGGGGUCUAUCUAGGGCAGGCUUCCCCAAACUCUGGCCCUCCAGAUGUUGCAGAACUACAACUCCCAUGAUUCUCAGCCUGUUUCAUUCAUAGAAUCAUGGGAGUUGUAGUUUAGCAACAUCUGGAGGGCCGGAGUUUGGGGAAGCCUGAUCGAGGGCAUUUAUAGCAGACAGCAGGGACGGACUCUCCCUCAUUAAAUGGUGUUUUUUUUCCACAUUAGCCUCCAGCUUUCAUUUACUUAGUGAGUAUUUCGACAGCUUGGCUAAGUGUGUUCAUUUUGACAGCACUAUAAGUGAUAGCUUUUUUUUCAAGCCUUCCUUUCCUUUAUUUCUUAUUAUAGAUAGAUAGCAACCUCGAAGUCGAUCUAUUUCUCGUUAGUUUAGUGAAGGCUUAGCUCUGUUGGCUAUUUCCCCUGUGAUAGAUCUGACUUUACAAUCUCUCUAAUAAGGAAGUUCCAAAAACCCACUUAAAUUAUGAUGUAUUUCCCUAUUGAAAGGAUGCCUGAUGUAGAUCUAUAAUACCGACAUCAAUUGUAUAAACCCUUCCAUUGCCACCCAUUGUUGGAAGGUAUGGCUGAGAGGAAUUGUAUUAGGCUUCCUGUGAUCAAUUGGUGGCCUGGAGUAUGAGGCCUCUGAUAAAGUACAGACAUUCUGAGCUGGCUCAAGUGGCAGUAUGCAAUUAUAAUACAUGGUGUAACUACGCUUAAAGAAACACGGUGUAUGCAUUUUUUUCCCAUUGGGGUUAUAGCUAAAAACAGCUUGCAAUAGCUGCAGAUCUUUUGUCUGCAGCCUUUGCAAGCCCUCCACUUCUAACCCCGCCCAGACUUUCUGUUUCUGUCCAAUCACAGACUUCCCAAGGCAGGUGCUCUGGGCAAUUGCUGCCUCUUGAGCUUAGUUCCACUGAGCUAACCAAACCAGGAAGUAUCAGGACCAAUUGUCUGACUAACAGCCGGGGGGAGUAACAAGGGUAAUUUAUAUUGAAAUCGUCACUUUCUGGAAAAUGAAGUGUGUGAAGUGUCCUUUUAAAGGACCACUAUAGUGCCAGGAAAACAUACUCGUUUUCCUGGCACUAUAGUGCCCUGAGGGUGCCCUCACCCUCAGGGACCCCCUCCCGCCCGGCUCUGGAAAGGGGAAAGGGGUUUAAACUUACCUUUUUCCAGCGCUGGGCGGGGAGCUCUCCUCCUCCGAUCCUCCUCCUGGGCUGAAUGCGCACGCGCGGCAAGAGCUGCACGCGCAUUCAGCCCGUCGCAUAGGAAAGCAUUUACAAUGCUUUCCUAUGGACGCUUGCGUGCUCUCACUGUGAAAAUCACAGCGAGAAGUACGCAAGCGCCUCUAGUGGCUGUCAAUGAGACAGCCACUAGAGGAUUUGGAGGCUGGCUUAACCCAUUGAUAAACAUAGCAGUUUCUCUUUAUAAAAAAAAAUGGGUUAACCCUAGAAGGACCUGGCACCCAGACCACUUCAUUAAGCUGAAGUGGUCUGGGUGCCUAGAGUAGUCCUUUAAUGUAGGUGAGCAAUAUGUUAAUAUACAAACCGCUUUACAUUCUGAGGUCUUUUUUGGAAGCUGUAUUCCCAAAUCCUGCUACAGCUUCCUAAAAAGAUACUCAUACGCAGAUUGUUUGACCAUUUAAAAAAAAUUAAUUUUGUCCUACUUAGUGUAUGCAACAAAAAUGUUUUAUUUCAGCUACAGUUAUUCCUACCUGCUUCAAUGCAUACAACUGUUAGCGCAAAUAAACAAAAAAAAUAAGAGCAGUAGCCAUCUUUCAAACUCCCGCUCUCGUUAAUAGAAUACCGCAAGUCUAUGUUCCAGGAAACUUCCCCGAACACUGAUUAGCUUAUUCGCUAAUAGAAUACCGCAAGUCUAUGUUCCAGGAAACUUCCCCGAACAUAGAUUAGCGAACGACUAGGGCUUAUUUUCCGGGAAUGUCUUAUUUUCGGGGAAACACUGUAUUAUUAGAGACAAAACCAUUAGGGGGGAAUUAUUAUUUUUUUAUUAAAUAAGAACAUAUUUAUAGAUAUUUUAUAGCAAAGCCCUAUUAAAACCAAAAAAAUGAGUGUGGGUGUAUCAGCAAUGGUAUGGUACAAAUGAACCAAAAGUAGUAAAAGUGUAAGUUUACAUACUUGUUUUGUUAACAAGCCAAAUUAGGCUUUGUCCUUGAUGGGUUAACACUCUCACUUGGAAAAGUGCAAACAAGUCUGACUCACAGGGCAGUCACCUGAAUAUCUGGUGUCCUGUGACUGUGUUUGAGGGUUGCUACGUGUUUAGUUUACAAUUACUAAGGGAACUUUCAGAGAACGAAUACAAAACUUUUCAAAACCUGUAACAAAAAACUGCUCAGGCAGAAGAGAAGGGCGAAUUUAAAAGCCAAGAUACAUUUAAUAAAAACAUUGGAGUGAAAUAGCUGUUUUUAUUUUUUUGCUCCAACACAGAAUGAUUGAUUUAAGGUAUGUUUUUUUUUUUUUUUAAAGUUCUAUUUUUUUGAGCUCUUUAAAAGUAAGACUAACUUGUUCGCUAAGAGAUGUGUUUAGAACAAUAUUGUUUUAUGUAGAAAGUGACUUGAAGUGGGUUGAAAUGUUAAUGUGUAACCUUUCCUUGAGAGUCUAGAUUCAAUUCUAUAUAGGAUGAAAUCAUUCUAAUAGACAAAAUGUAAAUGUCACAGAAACUUUACGCAACUUCUCCUGGAUUCCUCCCACCCCUCUUUGCUAGUAAGAAAAUUUUAUUUAAAUAAUGAAAUAAUGAUUAAUGAUCUUGUUUCCAGCAGCGAGACUCCUCAGUUGCAGCCACCAGCUCCACCUUCAAAGAUGUCCGCAUGCCUGCUCAUGUCCUCCAAGAUCCCGUCCAACCCAAUGCUUCUCAGAGAGAAGCAUUGGAUUGGAGAUACACACGCGCUGCCAAGCACCAUGUUCUUCCAAUCAAAUAUUACUAUAAGCCGCAUUUGGUUCCAGCAGGAAGCUAAUCUAGUGACUCUCAGGAAGAUAGCCACUGGAGGUGUAUUUUACUCUGAAAUAUACCUAUUACUGUUUCUACAAAACGGCAGUGUUUAAACUUGAAUGAUUAAAAUGACAGGACAACUGCACCCAGAUCACUUCAUCUCAAUGAAGUGCUUAUAGUGCAUAGACCCUGUCCUUGUCUGACAAUGUAAAACAUUACUGUUUGUGAGAUAUUGCAAAGUUUACAUUUUGGCUAAACCAAAAUACUGACUCGAGACACUUCUUAUUUGAAGACCUUUGAUUUGCGAAGGACUUUGUGUUUGGCGUCAUCACGCACCGCAUGAUGACGCUGAACACCGUUAAUAGCAAUCAUUGAAUUCACUGGUUCUCAAAGAGAAGCAUUAGAUUGGUAGGAUGCAGUGACAGUAACCCUAGGUCUCAACGCUUUUCUAUGAGAAACAUUAACUGUUGUUUUCAGAAGAGGUGGGUUGGCUGCACAGAGGAGAUUGACCUUGCGCUAAAUUACAGGUGACUUUAAAGAGGUGUUUGGUUUUUAAAAAGGGGGGCCUAAGUCUAAAAACAAAAAAAAACCCAACCUGAAGAAUUAAAUUAAAAGACCACUAUAGUCACCCAGACCACUUCAGCUCAAUGAAGUGGUCUGGGUGCCAGGUCCCUCAGGUUUUAACCCUUCAGAUGUAAACAUAGCAGUUUCAGAGAAACUGCUGUUUACAUUGCAGGGUUAAUCCAGCCUCUAGUGGCUGUCUCCCUGACAGCCGCUAGAGGCGCUUCUGCGACUCUGAAUGCGAAAAUUGCAUUCAGCGUGCAGAACGUCCAUAGGAAAGCAUUGAGAAAUGCUUUGCUAUGGGCAUUUUUAAUGUGCGCGCUGCUCUGGCUCCACUCAGCGGCUCUGGCUCCACUUGUGCAUUCGGCUCCACUCAGGAGCUGACGUUGGAGUGGGAGGAGAGGUCACCAGCGCUGAGGGAGCCAGGCGCUGGAUUAAAGUAAGUAGCUGAAGCGGUUUUAACCCAUUCAGCCCAGUGUUUUCCUGACACUAUAGUGAUCAUUUAAAUAUCUACAUUUUUAAGUUUUCUAUUUAAGCUUAGAGCCAUUAAAUUUUAAGAUCGGCUCCCCCAAUAAUUCAUCAAAUAAAAUGUGCUAAUAAUUUCUUCUGUGUAAUUACUCGCUUAUAUUACCGGUAAUCUGAUUUUUGUAUUUAUUUAUUUUAGGAAAUCCCAAACUUGUGAUGCCAAUCAAAGCAGAAAAUCCAUUCUUUUUGCUGGUAAUUCUGAUCAUUAUAUUUCUGACUGUUCCUCUGUUUAUGUUUUUCUGUGUUUUUUCCCAGUAGAAUUGAUCCUUUCCUAGCUAGGGAUUUCCUGGUACAUUCUAUUUGUUUUGCCUCUCAUUCUACCGCAUAUGUUAAAGGGAUUAAAUGUACCUGCUAGUAUACUCUAAAUGUGUUGCUUUCUAUCUCUCGUUCUCUUGAAUAUGUUUAAAGGGUUGUUUGUACGUGAAAGUAUAUUUAUGUCUUUCAUUCAGCUAAGUUAUGUUAAAGGGACACUAUAGUCACCAGAACAACUACAGGUGAAUGUAUAGUAUACAGCUUAUGUAGUUGUACUGGUCUCCUUAGCCUGUCUCUGUAGGGGUUUUAAUGUAAGGAUUGAUUGGUUGCCUGGUAACCCUUCUGGGUGCAGUCACUCAGACAGCCACUAGGAGUUCUUCCUGUUUCAGUGUUACACUGUAUGCAGAACUGGAGUUAAGCUGAACGUUGCCUAUAGACCCUAUUGGGAGAUGCUGAUUGGAGCAGGACUGCUUCAAUGCUUUCCUAUGGGGAUUUCAUAUAGCAUGAGGACGUCCAGUGUCAUUUAGGCGACUGAUUGACAGCCACUAGAGGCAGUCUUAGUCCUGCAAUGUAAUUAUUGCAGUUUCUCAAAAACCGCAAUGAUUUACAUUGCAGGAGUAAGUGGCACAGUAAUAUCGCACCUGGACCACUUCAAUGAGCUGAGGUGAUCUGGGUGCCUAUAGUGUCCCUUUAAAGCAGAUCUGUAACAAGAAAUAAACUUCAUCCAGUAUGCUUUUUUUUUAUUUUUAUUUUUUUUUGAACGCUUUAAUUUUCAUGAAACGCAUAAGGAAAGGUUGGAACUACUUUUCCUCAUGUAAAGUAGUCAAGGUGACAAUAUACGGAGCUUAAACCAAAGUUCUGUUCCAGUUACCAAUCGGAUUCACCCAUAAUCUAUCACGAGGAAGAAAAGGGACACAUCAGCUUUAAGGAAUAUCAUGUCGUCAUUAUAAGGCCCAUGUUGCUGUAAAUCAUUUAUUAUAUAAAUAGCUUAUUUAGAAUUCUAUGAUGCAUUUAUAUGUAUGUUACUUAAUAUUCGAAUCGCUUUAUAAUUUACGUGUGCAUUUAUAUAUACAGGUUCAAUUCCACUGUGUGCGAAAUGAUUCACUACCAGGACUUCUGAUUAAGAAGAAUGGGUCCAGAUGUUCCUUUGCUAAAUGAUUAUAAGCAGGAGUUCUUUUGGAAGCGCUUUCCACAGACUUUUCUAGGGGGUCCUCGGUUUAAAUUGGGGUACAGUGCCCCUCCUUAUAUUUACAUCAAUCAGAUCCUUCUGUUUCUGACACCAUGGGUACUGGGAGGUGUAGGUACUGUGCUGUACGAAGUCGGAAUUCUAGAAGACUAUUACACAGCGGUACUCUCAGGAGCAUUGAUGCUCAUCGCAGCAUUUGUUAUCCAGCUAUUAAACCAACAUGCCAGACGCAAGACAUCAACUGUAGAAAGACUGCAAAACCAAAGUGCCCUAACCGAUGAAGACGAGUACGAUUUCUCUAGCUGCCUUGGCAUAGAAACUGUGAAAUUUAUAAUUCCGGGCAAGAAAUUCAUAGUAAAUCUUGUAUUUCAUUCCAUUUUUGCUGGGGUGUUAUGCGGACUGGGGACCUGGUAUCUGUUACCGACGAGAAUACAGUUGUUGUACAGCAAUACUGGAGGAACGGUGAUGAUAUUUAUAUUUGGGUGGGUUACAUUAUGUAUCGGGGAAUAUUCGUUAAUUGUCAACUCUGCAGCAGAGACUGCUACAUUUCAGGCCCAGGAUACUUACGAAAUUACUGCACUCCUGAGACCUGUCUAUAUAAUUGCCUUUAUUGCUGUCGACAUUGCUUACAGGUAAAUUUCUUAAAAUUUUUUUUAUACCAAUUGUAUUGUGACGUUACCGUAUUUUAUGUUUGAAUAUAUCAUCGGGCUGGUUACUGUAGAGUUACAGUUGUAGGGUGUAGUUAAGAAAUGUUAGAUUUCCAAAUAUGUUAUCCAUCGAUUCUAUAUCUGUGAAGAACUUAAGUGACAGUGUCACGUUAACUUUACCCCUAAAUCUCACUUUAGAAUGCAGUCUCAGUCAGCGAUUUGGGGUGUAGUAGUUGUAGCCAGGAAAUAUUGUGCUCCACUGUUUUGUACAUGUGCUCAUUGCAAAUUGUUGUUAUUCUUUUUAUUUUAUUUUAGAGUAAUUAAAAGGACACUUAGCACCAGCAACAGUACUACUACAGCUAAAGGGACACUCUACUGCCCAAAUACAAAAGCAUUUCUCUUGUCUGCAGCAUUUGCAAACCCUUCCCUGUCUAACUCUGCCCAGACUUUCUGUGCCUGUCCAAUCACAGACUUCCCAAUGCAGCUCAAUGAAAAGUCUUUGUAAGGCAGGUGCUCUGGGUAAUUUCUGCCUCUUUGAGUGUAGUUGCACUGAGUCAAACAAACAAGGAAGUAACAAGACCGGUUGUCUGUUUGACAGUAAGGGGGUGUAACCAGGUCAAUUUAUAAAAAUGUCAAUUUCUAUUGAAAUCUGCACUAUUUACAAAAUGUAAAAAUAGGACACACUCUUCACACAGCAAGCUAACACGCUUUAGAGAACUGGGCUCUCCUUUAAUGUAUUGGGGGGGAAGGUUGAGUAAAGAUUCUGUCCCUGCAGUGUUUACCUUUAUCCCUAAGAACAGUGUGACAUCUGCUUUUAAUAUAUGUAUUUCUAAAGCAUUUCUUUCAAUAGGUGGCCAGUCAUAGGCUGAAAGUGGCAGCUGGCUCUCAUUCUAUCACCAGCGCCCAGGGAAAUACUUCUUUGUGGAAGCUGUGGCAGCAGAGAGUGGAGAUAUUGGAAUUAGUAUUUGAGGUUAAACUGUUCCAAAACAUAAGAAAAUAUUGCCCCUAGUGCAUCUAGACACCAUAACGACGUCUCUGAGAUGAAGUUGUUAUAGUUCUCAGAGUGGUCCUUUAAGUUAUUACAUUUAUAGUAUUUUUUUUUUUUAAAGUUACCUGCGCUCUAUCCCAGAUCCCUAUGUGUAUUUAACUGGUGUUUUUUUAGUAUCACUUCAAUGGUCAUUAAAGUGUAAGCUCUCCUGCCCCAUCAAGUCAGAACUCUUAGGUGAGUCCUCCACUAACAAUUCACCUUGCUUCUUUGAGCCAGGAACGGAUGGUCGGAUACAGGGACAGUAAGGGAAGUAGAGAUUAGAAUUGUUAAAUUCGAUGUUACCUCUAUACUGUGCUCCCUUACAAUACUUAUUACUAUAUUUUUCAGCCCUCCUUUCAUAAUUUUCCCCAAAACUUUUUUCUCAGGUUUCUUGUGACCGUGCCAUCCUUAGUGUGGGCCAACCAAGUCUUGCAUGUUGUGUUUUUGUUUUUACCAUUUCUUUGGGCACUGGGAAUCCUGCCUCCCCUGGACGCACUAGUACUUUGGGGUUUGGAACAAACGCUGGAGUUUGUCCUCGGAGGCUCGCCCAUGUCAAGUAACUUAAGGUAAAAGACAUAUGUUUUUAUCUUUUUAUUGUGCAAAGAAUGCUGCUAUAUUAUUUGGGGGAAAAAAAUAUUGUUUUCCUCUUUUUCAGAUUGCUGAUAAUAUUUCUUGUAUCGGCUGGGGUCACUGUAUCGGCCUACUUUAUUCCGUCAUCUCUUGGCCUGGUUUUAUUCAUUACUGGAUUUGGAUUUUUGCUCAGUCUUAACCUAGCAGAAUUUGGUAUAAUUGUCCAGAAUUAUUUUUCCAGACGUUUCUCCCUUUCGAAAUUAAGCAGUUCAUUCAAUUCAUUUCAUCCACAAAUGAUUUGGAAAGAGAGUCUGUUUUACUUCAUUGUUCUCAUCAUUUCCCUCCUGGAAGCAAGCUUGUUACAUUGUUUCUGCUCUUCUGUGUAUUCCCUGCAAAGUCCACAGGCUAUAGUUGGCUAUUGCUUAAUAGUCAUUUUAGUUUUUUUAUGGCUUCUUCAAGAAAUUCAAGGUGCUUAUCUUUUGGGGAUAAUACGGAAUCCCUUCUUCCAGAAUGAUAUUCGGAUCUUAAAUGUCUUCAUGAAAAAACAAAGCAGGUUACAGAAAGUGGCUAUCGUCCGGAGAAUAUUGCUCACAUUAGGUAAGAUGCCACAGGGAAUGUUAUCUGUGUAACAUUGCAUGCAUCGAUUAAUCCCUAGUAUAGUUCGGAAAAUAAAGACUUGCUUCUAUGGGUCUGUCGUAAUGACAUGAUCCAAAAUGAAUUGUAAUAUAUUGUUUUACUCCCAAUCAGACCAAUUACUCUGUGUUUGGGAGAGCUGAGCACAUCCUAUAAGUCCCUGCCCACCAGAGAUUUAUGGAAUAUGCAGAUCAGGACUGGCUGCAGUUAUUUUUGCUAAGGUGCAGCCCAAACUGAUAGUAAUUCGUGGAGAAGAUGGGAAUUGGACCUGCUUUUGCCCACCAGCAGGCAUUCUCGUAGAUCUACACGUAUGACCGGGACAAGGGUAGUACCUCUUUGUUGUGUUUGAGUGAGAGGCUGACUUAUAACCGUAGCAAUGUUUGCAAAUCACUGUGUCUAUAAGACAAGGUGCAUAGAGGCGGCAUAACAGUGCUUGCCAUUAGACUUGUGCAUUCGGUUUCUCUCAAACUGUGAUUCAUCUGAUCAGCAGUUCAAUCGAGAUGCCAAACUCUGCAAUACUCUAUGGAUGAAUCACUAAAUAAACUAAAUGGGCAAUGCUGGAAUGGUUUCAUUUGAUUUGUUAAUCAGAAUUCCGUCCGUGGUGUCAAAAAAAGGUUAUUGAUGGCUGCAGGAUGGCCGCAAACUCUUCAUUGUAACCACAGAUGCGAUUAAAAGAGGGGAAGACAAAAAUGAGCAGUAAAUUAAAAAAUAACCUGCAUUUAUACAUUAUAUUUUUAGUAUAUACAUAUAGAUUUAUUUUACUGCUCCACCUCCUUCUCCCUCCAUUCGUUACUUUUUCUAUCUUGAUCUGUGAACCAAAAUGUUUUUAAUAAAUGUUCUUAUCAGUGUACUGCAAAGUAUAUUUAUAUUUCACAGCGCACUGAUUGGAUAAUAUUUGCACCCUUUUGGUUUGUCUGAAUCCUUUUUCUCGAAUUGUUUGCAAGGACCCAAUCCAUCCGUAGCUUGAAAAGCCGUGUAUCCUCAAUCAACUAAAACGAUUUUAUUUUCUGGGCAAAAGAAAUUUUGUUCCUUUAUGUCAUAGAGAGUAAAUUGAUAUCAACUGUCAUUAAAAAACGGCAUAUAUAGAAGGCUCACAAUUUAUUUAUUAAGCCACCAUCAGGUCAGUUUUCCUAGUGUCACAUGUCAUGCUGCAUUCAACCCCAAAUCCUAAACCUCCCUAGAGUAACCUCCAUUUUAAUUUUUCUCCAUUUUUUUAUGGAGUCCAGAAAGCCGUCCUUUCUCUGGAAGAAAUUGUUAAGAGAACUGAGAAAUGUAAUUAGAUCUACCCUUUAAAACCAGUCAAUGGACUGUUUUUAGUUAAAGGGACACUAUAGUCACCUGAACAACUUAAGCUUAAUGAAGCAGUUUUGGUGUAUAGAACAUGCCCCUGCAGCCUCGCUGCUCAAUCCUCUGCCAUUUAGGAGUUAAAUCCCUUUGUUUAUGAACCCUAGUCACACCUCCCUGCAUGUGACUUGCACAGCCUUCCAUAAACACUUCCUGUAAAGAGAGCCCUAUUUAGGCUUUCUUUAUUGCAAGUUCUGUUUAAUUAAGAUUUUCUUAUCCCCUGCUAUAUUAAUAGCUUGCUAGACCCUGCAAGAGCCUCCUGUAUGUGAAUAAAGUUCAAUUUAGAGAUUGAGAUACAAUUAUUUAAGGUAAAUUACAUCUGUUUGACAGUGAAACAAUUUUUUUUUUUUUUCAUGCAGGCUCUGUCAAUCAUAGCCAGGGGUGGUGUGGCUAGGGCUGCAUAAACAGAAACAAAGUGAUUUAACUCCUAAAUGGCAGUGAAUUGAGCAGUGAAAUUGCAGGGGAAUGAUCUAUACACUAAAACUGCUUUAGUUAGCUAAAGUAAUUUAGGUGACUAGAGUGUUCCUUUAAUCUUGUUACUUUGCAUUUGUGUAUCAGUGAGCCCAAAUGUAUUUAAAAUGUUGCUCUGGGUCACAGAAAGUGAAUUUUGUACUUGCAUUUUAUUUUCAGUAUCCCCUUUCACUAUGCUAGCGUACCUCUCACUGGACACUUCUCUAAAUACGGUCAAUUCAGUAUCUGUUUGCAUCGGCUUCACAAGAGCUUAUCGAAUGGUAAAGUAUUAUUGUCAUAUAUUCAUCAUUUAAAUCUAUUAUUUAUCUGUGUUUGAGUGUACAAAUGUGGCCACUUGUGAUUAACAGAGUUAUUGUUUAUCCUGGGUAAAACAAGUAUCCCAUCCUCCUCAGUGUAUCACAAAGGCAUUUAAAAGGGACGCUGUAACCAUUUCAUCUCAUUGAAUUUGGUACGGUGCCUGGAGUCCCCUGGUGAUGUCCCUUCAUUCAGUGUUAAAACAUUUUCAAGUAGUUUAAUACUAAAUAAGGCUCCCAUGCCGUCCACAGCUCGGCUCCCACUGGAGUUAUAUCUAAGGCAGAGAUUACACACUUUCUCUAAUGGGAACUGUGAUAAACUGAAAUUAAUCAGCUGACACUGAAAGCCAAUAAUGGUUGCCCAUUGCUGCUCAGACUAAUGUUUUCUCAUUAGCCCAAGAAGCACAGAAGGGAUUGGCUGCUGGCUUCUUUUGUUUAGGAUCAAAACAUUAAAAUGGUUCAAUGCUGAAUGAAAGGACAGCCACUGGGGACUCCAGACACUAUAACCACUUCAGUGAGAUUAAGCAGUUACAAUGCCUACAGUGUCCCUUUAAAAAGAUACACUCCCCAAUACUGUUACCAGUAUGGCUCAUUGUAGUGGCCAUGGUACAGUGAAUCAGUUAGUAGAAUCCCAUUAUCCAAUUCCCAGUUAUUUCUUUAGCUGUCAGUAAAUCACUGCUAUCCACAACAUAUCCCAAUCCUUGGAUAUCAUUUAGAAGUAUAGCUUUCAUGUUAAUCUGUUCAAGUCAAACUUGUGAGCUUGCAGGAGCUGUGCCGAGUGUGCGCUCACACUGUACCGUUCCCAACCCAGCUCUUUAUUUUCGAGCGCUGUUAGAAACUAGCACAGCAGUUAUCAAACAGUAUAUUUGCAAACACUUCCUGCAGAAGCUUUACAUUUAAACCAAUUGAAGUUAAAGGAACACUCCAAGCACCAUAGCAACUGCAUCAAAAGAGUUGUUAUGGUGCCAGAAGGUCCCUGGUGCUGGCUCACUUUAAGCGGUUGCACCAUUCUGGAACGGUUUAACCCGAAAGUCUGUGUUCCAGCACUGAAUCUCUCUGCCCUUCUAUUUUCUAAAAUUCUCUGAGACGCUCAGCUGAUUCUCUUGUCCAAUCAGUGAAUAUCAUUCAGAAAACUAGCCUAAAAAGAAACAUACUAUUUUUUUCAAGCCAGUUUCAUGAAUGGGGAUUCACAGAGAGCAACAGCUGACCGCUUUCAGCCAAUCAGUGAGCAAGAACUUUCCGCUUUAGAGAAUUUUAGAAAACAGAAGGACAGAUGGGCAUGAUGGGUGAAAUAUUGAAUCCCUUAAGGUCCUUAACCUCCUGGCACCUCCCCUGAACUCACCCCCAUUCCUUCACAGGGUCCAAGUUCUCCCCUCAGCCCAAUCCUCCUUCAUUGAUUUUACUCCCCCUUACCAUAAGGGGAGAGAGAUGGGAGUUACACGGAGGGGGUGGCCAUGCUGCUAUUGUCAGGUUGGCACCAGCAUGCUGUAUGUGCUGGAGUCCGAUGCCAACUUUGCAAAUAAUUAACAUUAGCUCGCCCGGAACUUCUAGGCUGACUAGUGAUGCUGCCUAAGGUGGAGUUACACUUCCAGAAGCUAAGGGAUUAAUCUCGGUAUGUGCAGCAUUUUCACAGCAAGGCAAUUCACAUAAAUACUCCAGGCACCAUGACCACUUCAGAUCACUGAGGUGGUUGUGGUGUUUGGAGUAACACUUAUAUAUAAUUUGUAUAGGAGGAACAGGGCUUUCAUUUCGAAUAAAAAAAAUGUAAAAUAGUGUGAGUUCUGUGUGGUAUUUUAACUGUGAAUGUCAUAAUACUGUUUGCUUUUAGUGCAAUGAAAUACACAUAUUUGAGUUCAGCAAUGUCUCACAACAGUACCCCACACAUACAGGUUUUAUGAGGUUUUGGAAAGUUACAGGGUCAAAUAGGGCUUUACCCAUUACAGUUUUUACACACCGAAAUUUUCCAGUUUGGUUAUGUUGCCUUUGAGACAUUAUGGCAUACCAUAUGGCAUACCAUUUGAAAAAGUAGACAACCCAGGGUAUUUAAAGUGUCCAAUCGUUUUAGUAGCCACUUAGUCACAAACCCUGGCCAAAGUUAGCAUUCGUAUUUGGUUUUUGCAUAUUUCACACAGUCUGCCAUUUCACCAAUGAUAUCGUCAUUAUAGAUUUUACUGCUCUAAAACACUCAUAUUUGUGCUCAGCAAUGUCUCACAAUGUACCCGUGUCCAGGUUUUAUUGCAUUUUGGAAAGUUGCAGAGUCAAAUAUAAGACUUGAAAUUAAAUUCUCUAGACUUUCUGCCUGGGUUGUCAGUCAGGUUUCUAAAUAUAUAAUAAUAAAAUCACAUAAUUAUGUAAAAAUAUAUAAACAUACACACAGAAUGAAAUAAUAUAUGUAUUCUUUCUAAGUGUAUAUUUAAAUAUGAUUUAUACAUCAUUAAAUUAUUUUACAAAUUAUAUUUUGGGUGAUCUGCAGUCCCCCUGCAGUCAGUCUUGCAAUGCAGCCAAUCUAAGUCAUGUGAAUGCAGUGACUCAGAUCGGCAGGAUUGGUUGCAGGGGGACUGCCUUGGUUGCCAAGCAGUUUCCCCAAUCGGAUAUGGUGAGGAGGGCGAGCAUGCUGUCUGCAGGGAGAACCCGAUUGUUAGGGCGUGCUAUGCCACCCUUACAGCAUUUAAGCCCCUGUUUUUGUAAGGUGGCAUCGCAUGCCCUCAUUUUGUGAAAGGGUAACUGUAAACUCUCUUAUAUUUUAUCUAACAAUAUUUAUGUAGUGGAAUAAUAAAUGGUAAAUGUUUUUUGUAAUAAUGGAAAAUUUAAAUCUAGUGCCCAUAAACUGCACAUAAAAUUAUGGGGUAUAUGAGUAGCAAAUAUUACUUGUGUUCUGACUGGGUAACCUAUGUUUAAAGUAAAUGUUUCACUUUAUUUUUUUGCAGUCUCUUAUAAAUGUUGGGUUGCAGAGUUUAUGCAAUGUUCCUAGUAGUGAAAGGGUUGAUAAAAGGUAUAAAAUCAUGAAUAACAAGCUGCUUUACUCUUUAAUGUUUGUUUAGAAUACACAAACUUAACGCAAUGGCCAAAGGGACACACAUCACUUCGAGACAACUGUCUCAUUCAAAAGCUUUAGCAGUCAAAAGAUAUCAAGUAAUAGUGACUACAGUGUCUUUAAGGCAGAGAUAUCGCCAUCAAGCUUUGUCCCUUAACGCAGCCAUCACCAGAAAUGGCUAGGGGAAUAAGACAUUAUCUCGCUAUCACCAGAUAAUAUGUAUGGAGCCUCCUGUGGUCUCGCUAUAUCCACCAUAGACAUCAGUGUUGUACUCUCACUCGUAUAUAGAAAAAUACAAACCAAAGGAGACAGUGGUCACAAAUUUGUAGGAAUAAUAACGCAACUUAAUUACACUUUCCCAGAAUUGUUUGUUUAUUGUCUAUAGUAAAAUAUGCAAAAUACAUUUGGGAACUAAAAAAUAUUGGUAAUUAAAUGUUUGUCUUUUUAUUUUAUUUUUCUUAUCAAACAGAUAUUCAGUAUUUAAAGAUGUCGAUUACAAUUACCAAAUGUUCAAAUGUUUUUGUUUUUUCUUUAGAUCUGGCAGAAUACAGAGAACGCCAUGUUGGAAAUGGUGAUUGUAUCUGUAAUCCAGCUAAUUGUUUUCGACACAAACGUUUGGUGGAACGCAAGCCUAAACACAGGAAUUCAGCUUCUGCUGGUAAUCUUUUCCAUUUCCUUCUGACACUGGCCGAGUUAUUUGUGUCCCCUAAAGUGAAAUAAUGUUUAGGACUUAUUUAGUAGUCAUCGAAAAUGAUUGGCAUUUUAUGUUAUAUAGUAAAAAGAAUCUGUGUGGUGUACCAGCCAGCUGACCGCUCUCCGCUAAUGAAUGAGUGUAUGUGUAUAGGAAUAUGUACAUAAUUGACUUUACCCAGUUCAAAGUUGUUGGUUCCAGUUGGCUAAUGACGUCUCAAUGACUCUGCCAGACGUGGAGUUAUACCUCCGACAGCAAAGGGGUUAAACUCUGUAUGUGCAGCUUUUCAUAGCUUUCCUGCUACAAACCUCAGUAACCCACCUUGCUACUGUGUCAUCCAAAAAAAAUGUUAAUUUCUUUUAGCAGCCGUACAUGAAAUACAUCCUGCCUUUACCUCUUGUGUCACUUAACGCCACUUCCUCUAAAACAGGGGUGCCAAAUAGGUAGAUCCCCAGAUGUUAGAACUAUAGAACUACUACUACCAUGAUGCUUUUCAUGCCUUUAGAAGCUGUAGUUUUAAAACAUCUGGGGAUCUACCUUGUGGGCACCCCUGCUCUAGAAUGUAAGCUGGAUUGAGAAGGCACCCUCUGUUCCUGCGCGUACAACUCGUCUUGUUACAAAUACUUGUCUGUUAGUCCACGUAUUGCACAACGCUGCGGAAAUUGUCAGUGCUUUAUAAAUAAUAGCAAAUAAUAAUAGCAAAGUGCUGCUCCUACAGACUCCAGUCACCAUGACCACUACAAAUCACAGAAGUGGUCAUAGUGAGUGGAGUAACCCUUUUAGGUAGUAAUAAAAUUCAAUGUAUAAUCCAGUUUUACAUUUGCCAGGCUUAGUUUGAUAUCUGUAUUACAGACCUCGAUGAAUCCAACUCAGUCGCACGUUGCUUAGCAUAUAUAGCACUGUGGGACCGAUGUGCAUAAUAGGCCAUCAUUUCACCAUGACAGGAGUACUGUAAAUCCUAAUGUAAUACCACGGAGUGUUAUAUAAUUUCAUUUAUGGGCACCUUUAUAUAUACGGCAUCUUUAACAACACUUACUACAACAUGAGGUGCACACAUUCUGUUUGUCUAAGCCAUGGAGCUGAUCAGUUUCUGUUUUAAAAAGUAGUAAUUAAAGGCAUGGCAAGCAUGUGUUAGUCUAUAUACCAGUGACAAUAUUCUAGCAUGUUAAAUUACAUAAACAUGCCAACUUCAUACUUUAAUGUUAUUUGCAUUGUAGUAUUGUAUUGUUAGAUUCCUAAACGUUUCCGCGUGGUGUGGGACUCUCAGUUUUUUUCUGUAUUGUGAUUCUGGGUCAAUAUAUUUUUGACUCAUGUAAAAAAAAAUGUCAUAUUCAGUUUCCAAUUUCUAGGGAGUUUAGGAAUACCGGUGCUCAUGACAAAUGACAAAUAGCUAAAAAAAAUGACAGUGGAUUUAGUUUGUUAAAAUGUAACCUUUGAUUUUCAACAUCAUAUAUUUUUUGCAGGUUGCUUUGAUCCGAGACAGACUAUGCAAGCUAGUAUCCAAACUUCAGUUUGCUGUCACUGUCCUCCUGACGUCGUGGACCGAGAAGAAACAACGACGGAAAUCAACAACCAGUUUAAUUACACUAAACAUUGUCUUCUUCCCUUUGGUGCUGAUGUUUGUCGUCCUCUCGGCAGUGCUGUCCUCGCCCUUACUUGCACUUUUUACACUGCCGGUGUUUCUGGUAGCGUUUCCAAGACCUAUUCGAAGUUGGCCGGGAGCUGUGGGUGCUACAGCCUGUGUCUGCCCAGACACUAUUUAUUAUCAACAAAUGGUCCCAGGAUUUGCUGCUGCACUACAAUCCGCCUUCGCUUCCGGUAGUUUAGGUAGGUGAAUUUAAUUUUUUUUAAAAUGUACUUGAGAUUUGUGUGUUAUACUUUUGUGUUUCUUCAGCAUUUAAAAAUUACCAUAUAGGAGGAUUAAAAGAGAAAUACUGUAAUAAUCAACAAGUCCAUAUUAAGCAAUGCAGAUUGCUGCUUUAUCUGACAUACAAGUGAUAAUCGAAAAAUUAGAAUAUCGUGCAAAAGUUAAUUUAUUUCAGUAAUGCAACGUAAAAUGGGAAACUAAUAUAUGAGAUAGAGGCGUUACAUGCAAAGCAAGAUAGUUUAAGCCGUGAUUUGUCAUAAGUGCGAUGAUUAUGGCUUACAGCUCAUGAAAACCCCAACUCAACAAUCUCAGUAAAUUAGAAUAUUACAUGCAAUCAAUAAAACAAGGAGUGUACAUAGAACAAUAUUGGACCUCUGAAAAUUCUAUGCAUACAUAUGGACUCAGUACUUGUUUGCUGGCCAAUCAAGCACAGUAAUCCCGCGGCCAUUAAACCAGGCUUUGUUGCUUUUGGCAGUGUGGGCAGGUGCCCAGUCCUGCUGGAAAAUGAAGUCAGCAUUCCCAUAAAGCUAGUCUGCGGAAAGAAGCAUGAAGUGCUCCAAAAUCUCCUGGUAGAUGGCUGCGUUGACCCUGCACUUAAUGAAGCACAGUGGACCAACACCAGCAGAUGACAUGGCUCCGCAAAUCAACACACACCGUGGAAACUUCACACUGGACUUCAAGCAUCUUGCAGUGUGUGCCUCUCCAUUCUUCCUCCAGACUCUAGGUCCUUGGUUUCCAAAUGAGAUGCAAAAGUUGCUCUCAUCAGAAAAGAGGACUUUGGACCACUGAGCAACAGACCAGGUCUGUUUUUCUUUAGCCCAGGUAAGACGCUUCUGACGUUGUUUGUUGUUCAGAAACGGCUUGACAAGAGAAAUACGACAUCUGAAGCCCAUGUCCAGGAUCCGUCUGUGUGUGGUGGCUCUUGAUGCACUGACUCCAGCCUCAGUCCACUCUUGGUGAAAGUCCCCAACACUUUUGAAUGGCCUUUUCCUGACCAUCCUCUCCAGGCUGCGGUCUUCCCUGCUGCUUGUGCACCUUUUUCUUCCACACUUUUCCCUUCCACAUAACUUUUUCUAUUAAUGUGCUUUGAUACAGCACUUUGGGAACAUCCAACUUCCUUCGCAAUUACCUUUUGAGGCUUUCCCUCCUUAUGGAGGGUGUCAAUGAUGGUUUUCUGCACAACUGUCAGGUCAGCAGUCUUCCCCACGAUUGUGAUUCCUACUGAACCAGACUGAGAGACCAUUUAAAGGCUCAGAAACCCUUUGCAGGUGUUAUGGCUUACUUAGCUGAUUAGAGUGGGACACUGUGAGCCUGGAAUAUUGCAUCUUUUCACAAUAUUCUAAUUUACUUAGAUUGUUGAGUUGGAGUUUUCAUAAGCUGUAAGCCCUAAUCAUCGCACUUAUGACAAAUCACGGCUUGAACGAUCUUGCUUUGCAUGUAACGCGUCUAUCUCAUAUAUUAGUUUCCCCUUUUACGUUGCAUUACGGAAAUAAAUGAACUUUUGCACGAUAUUCUAAUUUUUCGAGUAUCACCUGUAGAUCCCCAUCAACCGUUUAGUCAAUACCUUGACGGUAGCCCUUGAUGUAACACUUUGUGACACUUUUAUGUUGAUCUCCCCAUAGCGGCCGCAUACGUGCGCACAAGUCUCUGUACAUACUAACAUUGUCCUAUAGCUGUCACUGGAGUGGAAUUUCUUGUAAGUUCGAGUAUUUUACAAAGUAUAACAUAGUCUGACCAAUAAAUGCCCAAACAAGGUGGAAGCCAGGUGAAUACCAAUGGUUAAAGUAUUUUCUAACAUUCUACAUUUAGUCAAUAAUUUCACCCUUUAUUUUGACCAAUGUAAAAGUUCCCAGUUAAUCUUUUCGGCUUAAUCUGCAACAGCAAAAGAAAAAAAAAUUAAAAUCUUAUAUUUAAAAUGUUUGGAUUCGUUUUUUUAUUUUUUUAUUAUUCUAUUUACUUAUUAUGCUCUGCGCUGACCAUAAUGAUCCAACGCCAAAGCUUGCAAUCCAUUUCAAUGCAGCGCUCCUCUUGCUAUAAAUACAGACACGCAUUCUGAACAUUCUCUCCUUUCAACCCUACACGCUCUUAACAUCUUUCGUUCUGUCUUGCCAUCAAACUAUUCCGCCUCACUUAUUGUGCUUGUUAGACAUUGGAGCAGUCACUUUAUAUGUUCACUUACAUUGUACUCCAUAAUAACUCCCUACUCUCUCCUAUAUCUGUGUAGAUAGGGGGUAGACACUGUACAGUAUUCUAUAUUCACAAUAUUUUGACACUUUUCAGUGAUUCAUUUAGUUUUUGCUUAGAUCUCCUUAAGGCUCCAUAAAAAAAGAGAACUAUGUGAUCUCCCAUUUGUACCAUGAUAAUUUCAUUUGUUGCUGAUCCCACCCGAUUUCCUUAUAUCACUUCCUUCACCCAUAUUGAUCCACAUCUUUUGGUGUGUGUUCAUCUCAGUCACUUGCACCGUGUCUACCCCCUCAUCCUCUGAAAGUGUUUUAUUAUAAUGAAUUGCUGCCUAGAACACCUCUAGGUGCAGUCACUCAGAUGGCCACUAGAGGUGCUUUCUGGAUCAGUGUAGCAUAGUGUGGAACACUGACGUUCAGCGUCUUCAUGCUCUGCAUGGAUGCAUUGAACGUUCCUCAUAGAGGUGCAUUGAUUCCUUGUAUUUCACUAAGGGAUCAUCUUAUUGAAAUACUCCUAUUGACACCCACAGCUCCAUUCAUAGCGGCUGAUCGGGGAUAUUAUUAUUAUUCUAUUAGAUAAUGACAGGGGCCUCAGUCUAUGGAUGGGCCAGCCCGGCUCCUGUAGCAAAAACAUUGAAUUGGCUGAGAUCGUCGAGUUUGAUAACAGACAAGGAGGCAUGGCGGGGCCAGGGCCAACCGCAGAUACCCCAGGGUGCUGGAAGAAAGGUGAGUAAAUUCACCUUUUACUCCUCUGACAGGGGGCUGGGACCCUAAAUAUCACCAUUGGAACCAUAGUGUUAGGAAUACAUGUUUGUUGCAUUAAUCCGUGUUCUUCUGUCAACUUGGUUAGAGAAGUGCAUACUGUUCCAAUGGGAGGGGGGCUUGGUCUGUAUUUCAAGAAAAACUUUUUUUUUUUAAGUUAUCAAUAUAAACAUUUAUUAUUAUUUAUUUUAGUAUUUUCAUGUUACACCGAUCGGUUAGCAAAUAUUUUCAUUAAGUUUGAGAUGGUAAAUGUAUUCAGAUGUUUGCCUGAUUUAUGUGUAAUUUUUAAGUAACAGAGAAUUGUACUUUCAGACAGGUACGGUACCAGUGUUUUAUUCUAAUGAAUCACUCAGUUAGAGGGACACAAUGGUGAUAUGUCUGCUCAGAGUGCAGAGGCCGCAGUACAGGGUACUUAUAAUUACCAGAAGCUGUUCCUUGUUGUUGCUGCCAUAUUUUUUCUCGGGACAGUCUUCAGCCCAAUGAAAUUAUUAUGGAGGUACCUUGCCUUCAAGGAUUAAAGGGACACUAUAGUCACUAGAACUACUACAGUUUAAUGUAUAGUAUACAGCUUCGUAUAGUGAUUCUGUGGCAUAUAGCCUGUUCCUUCAUGCAAGCAGUGUAACACUGCUGUCUCUGAACACCUCUAGUGGCAGUCACUAUGACCACCACUAGAGGGACUACCUGGGCUCUGUUCUGCAAAGAUUGCAGGACCAACAUUCAAUGGCUCAAUGCGUCUCUAUGAGGAGAUGCUGAUUGCCACACAUGAGAACUGACCUCCCAACACCUUUUUAUGGGAAAGCAUUGGAUAGGCUGAGAUCAUCAAUAUUGAUGAUCUCAGCCAGCAACCACAGCGAGACCAGUGCAAUGAGGGAGUAAAGGUAAGUAAAAUGUUCUCCUCCUCCCCCAAAUAAUUUUUUUUUUUUUUUUUAAAUAGGUUUAACACCAUAGUGCUAGGUGUACCUGUUGGUAUUCUUAAUGCUGUCGUGUUCCUUUCAAUUUAAAAAUGACAAAUUCAGCGCGUUGGGUAGUCAUCAAUUCAGUGCAAAUUUAUUGCACAUGCGCAGAAUGUCUUAAGCAAGAGUGCACAUUUAACAGGCUUCACAUUAUGAAGAGACUAACUGCACAUUUGUAUUUUUCUAUAAUUGCAGAUUUCUUAUGUAUUUUAUAUUUAGAAUAUAUUAUGCAGAAUAAUCAACAGUUAAUAUGUAGAUCUGAUAAUUGCUUAUUUAAAAGCCCUAGAACUAGAAAUAUAAUUGUUUUAUUAUUCUAUACUUACAUCAAAUGUGUGUGUGUGUGUGUGUGUGUGUGUUAUUUUUAUAUAUAUAUAUAAUUAUAUAUAAUAUUUAUUUUAUUAUUAUAGGUAAACAUAUUACAUAUAUGCAUACAUACUGGCUCACCUCCCUAGAACGUUGCAUCACCCAUUGUCUGCCUCCAGUUCUCUAUGGAGCUGUUUAUAUAAAUACAAAGUAUAGACAUGUAUUCUUCCCCUAGAAUUCCUGUACUGUCAGGCAAGAUACUUUUAUGGUAAUCGAUUUAGCCCAGGUUUCUCUUCGUGCUGACGGCUAUGCCCCUUUUUAUAAGUGCUUUACUCUUGUUUCCAUGGUGUGUUGUCACAGCACAAGCACAGAGUAUUACGAUCAGACAGAAAUACUGUUCUCAGAUUACUAGUCAUGUAUUGUAUGUGGAGAAUGGCUUCGUUCAUAUAUUAUAUUACCCAUAAUGUGCAUUACAUGGGCAGAGACUAUCCACGUGUAGUUUUAAAUCUUUGUUAACUCUUUGUUUGCUGUGCAGGCAUUUCUAAUCACUGCACAUGUUAAACUAUAACAAUCUAGUUACGGAUUGCUGUUCAAAGACUUAAACAUGUUGUUUUACUGUAUGUGGUUAAUCACUCUAACUAAAUGUUACAUUUGAUUUAAUUAUAGUGAGUAGUGAUGUUAGAAAUAUUAAUGGAGGGGGCACGGAUAGAUUGAAUGUUUAUUUCUAUAUCUUGAGCAUAAAAUAAGUUUAUAUUCUUAAUGUAGACUUCGUUACAGCAAUCAUAUGCACAGAUUGUGUCAAUGAGAUUAGUAGUACAACCCUCUUCCGUGUAGGCGGUUUAAUACAGUGGAUGAGGAGUAUUCUUGGUUUAUAUAUUUCAAUGAAUGAUCAAACACUUAUUACCAUGGUCACUCUUUGGACAUUCUAUGCUUGGUUUAUAUAUCUCAAUGUACGAUCUAACACUUAGUACCAUGGUCACUCUUUGGACAUUCUAUGCUUGGUUUAUAUAUCUCAAUGUACGAUCUAACACUUAGUACCAUGGUCACUCUUUGGACAUUCUAUGCUUGGUUUAUAUUUCUCAAUGUACGAUCUAACACUUAGUACCAUGGUCACUCUUUGGACAUUCUAUGCUUGGUUUAUAUAUCUCAAUGUACGAUCUAACACUUAGUACCAUGGUCACUCUUUGGGCAUUCUAUGCUUGGUUUAUAUAUCUCAAUGUACGAUCUAACACUUAGUACCAUGGUCACUCUUUGGACAUUCUAUGCUUGGUUUAUAUAUCUCAAUGUACGAUCUAACACUUAGUACCAUGGCCACUCUUUGGACAUUCUAUGCUUGGUUUAUAUAUCUCAAUGUACGAUCUAACACUUAGUACCAUGGUCACUCUUUGGACAUUCUAUGCUUGGUUUAUAUUUCUCAAUGUACGAUCUAACACUUAGUACCAUGGUCACUCUUUGGACAUUCUAUGCCUGGUUUAUAUAUCUCAAUGUACGAUCUAACACUUGGUACCAUGGUCACUCUUUGGACAUUCUAUGCCUGGUUUAUAUAUCUCAAUGUACGAUCUAAUACUUAGUACCGUGGUCACUCUUUGGACAUUCUAUGCUUGGUUUAUAUAUCUCAAUGUACGAUCUAACACUUAGUACCGUGGUCACUCUUUGGACAUUCUAUGCCUGGUUUAUAUAUCUCAAUGUACGAUCUAACACUUAGUACCAUGGUCACUCUUUGGACAUUCUAUGCCUGGUUUAUAUAUCUCAAUGUACGAUCUAACACUUAGUACCAUGGUCACUCUUUGGACAUUCUAUGCCUGGUUUAUAUAUCUCAAUGUACGAUCUAACACUUAGUACCAUGGUCACUCUUUGGACAUUCUAUGCCUGGUUUAUAUAUCUCAAUGUACGAUCUAACACUUAGUACCAUGGUCACUCUUUGGACAUUCUAUGCUUGGUUUAUAUAUCUCAGUGUAUGAUCUAACACUUAGUACUAUGUUCACUCUUGUAUUUCAGGACUGGUUACUCCUGGAUCUCACUAUCUCUGUCGCUUUCAGGAUCGCCUUAUAUGGCUGCUAGUUCUCGAAAGAGGGUACACUUAUUGCUGCAUUAAUGUUAAGGUAAACUAUUGAGAAGGAAAGUCAAUUAUAAAUUAUAGCUUGAACCAAAUUCUAAUUUGAUAUCACAUGCAUGUUACUCUUCAGAAGAAAUUAUUACAUUUUUUGUUUGUCUCUUAGGGACUCGAGUUACAGGAGACCUCAUGUCACACUGCUGAAGCUCGGCGGGUGGAUGAAGUCUUCGAAAUGGCUUUUGAGCAGGCUGAAAAUGUAGGCCGAUUUGCUCUAAACCACCACUUUGGGAACAUAUUAAUGCCGUGCACUGUUGUUCCAGUUAGGGUGUAUUCUGAUGCUAGAAACGUACUUUCUGGGAUAAUCGACUCUCACGAGAACUUGAAACAAUUCAGAGACGAUUUCAUCAAAGUGCUUUUGUGGGUGCUUAUUCAUUCUCGUUAUAAAAAGUCAAAAACACAAAAAAACUCAGCUGUAGAUCAAAGCGACGGCCUCAACAUUACCAUCUCGGAAAAGUACAGUGAAAUCGAGGGAACUCACAAUGUUGGUCAAAAUAAUAGCAGAAAGGAAAAUGAAAGCAUUAGUGGAGAGGGGUUCGACGAAUGGUCAGAUGACGACGAUAUUUUUGAAAUUCUUCCGCACACAAAGAAAACUGUAACUAAACCAAUUGUAACUUCAGCUGCUGGGGGGCUCUCUAUCCCAGGUAGUAUCGAAACACAACAUGAAGAUAAUUACAUAGAGCAAGAUGUAGCUGUUGACAAACUUUAUUCUGUAGUUGGCUUUGGUCUUCCUGCAACAGACAAAGGAAAACAAACUCCCGUUGAACAUUUCAGUAUGUUGGAAUUUAAUUGUUCUUAUUCAAAAUCUCUCAGCGUACCUCAAGAUUGGAUAUUGGUUUCUUUAAGUAAUCAAAAAGUGCGUGAAAUGAAGCAAAUGUUUCCUUCCGAGUGGUAUGAGUUUGUUCUAAAACAGCUGGAUUUUCAUCACCUGGAUGAGAAGCCCUCGGUGCUGUGUGAUGAACUCAUCAAAGACACGUCACUGAGAGAGCUAUACAUUCAAGUACUAACAUCAGUUUACUUUACUUUGUUUGGAACAGAAAGCUCAACUCCUUGUUCUGCAUGGUUAUAUAGAGCCUACCUGGGCAACAUUCCUUGGUCCGUCUCCGUAGACUGGUUAACUGGAAAACCAAUGUUAUUUCAACUGGCAUUGAAAGCAUUCAGGUAAGAGCUACAUUUUAAACCAAUUUUCUUUGUAUAGCACAGUGGUUCCCAAACUGUGCUGGGCACACAGGGGCGCCGCAAGAUAUUUUCCUGGUGCUAUGAUGAUAGCACUGGGAACCGUGCCUCCCGUUCCCCUGCCGGCUCUGCAAGGCCAGAGGGGAGAUCAGAGAGAGAGAUAUAGAGAGGACCCGGGGGAGCUCUAACCUGCACCUCCGCUGGUUCUCCUCUCGCGAGCUUGGAGCGUUACCACGGCAAUGCUCCGAAUGUUAGAGUUUACUCUCACCAAUUGGACCACCAGGGAUGUAAGUUUAGCAGGGAGAGGGGGGAUUUUUUAAAUUAAAAAUUAUACAUUUAUCUGCCCACCUACCCCCACUAACUUCCCCCAUACACACACACACCACCCUUCACAAACACAAUGCAUCCCCGUACACUCACUCAUUCACACACACUCUCACUCUACAGUCCCUAUUCUGGCAGAUCCCAGGUAAGUAGUCAAACUGUUCUUAAAUAGUUUGACUACUUACUCAGGGAAGGCACUAUGACACUACUGGCACCAUAACCACUACAAAGUCCUGUAGUGGUUAUUGUGCCUGGAUUGUUUCUUUAAAUAAUCUACCAGUGCCCCUCCCAAGAUUAGGUUCUGGAUCUGCGCUUGAACGGCAAGCAUUUCUGCCGACAGGGGCCCAGUAUAUGCCGCUGCGCUGUACAUAUAUACAACCUAGCAAAUUGUUUUCACUUGGGGCGCCUUGGAAAAAUAUUGAAAAAUUAACGGUGCCUUGAACUUAAAAAGUUUGGGAACCACUGGCAUAGCCUGUGUAUUUUAUAAACUGGGAAUUGUUAAAAUGGUCCUAAAGUUUCUGAAACUUCUGAGCAUUUGUAAAUAGUCCCAAAACUAGUUGUUUUUAUUUGUUCAUUUAUUACUGUGUUUGCUAAGCUUUUUGUGGCUUGUCUCGCAGGUAUACAUUGAAAUUGAUGGUUGAUAAGGCAAGUCUGGGCCCAGUAGAAGACUUCAAAGAGCUCAUCAAUUAUUUUGAAGAGUACGAUCAUGACUGGUAUAUUGGUUUGGAGUCAGACCCCAGAUGGCAACAGGCUGUUUUACAGGAGAAACCCUACCUUUUCUCGUUGGGGCAAGAUGUAAAUAUGGUAAGAUAUAUAUUUCUAUUGGUCGGUGGUCUUGCUUUUUUGUUCUAGAUAAAGGAUAGCAGAUUAAAAACAAACCGAUAAUUUAGUAUCUUUAUUUAGAAAUCAUUAGUGAGAUUAUGAUGCUAUACACCAGCAGGGUCUCUGCACAGUCCCAGUGUAAUGUGUAUGGUUUAUCUGGCUCCCCAGGGUGCCUGCGCCCGGUGUUUCUAUAGGGCGAAGCACUGCAGAUAUAGUUUGGCAGUAAGUGCUCAACUGAUGCUCUCCGCCAAUGAUUACAGUCCUGCAUGGUCUGUUCAGUAGAGCUACCCAAGUACUCCUGCAGAAGAGAAGCCGUGUAGGAGACUGUUAACACCAGGCAGGACCAAGGUAAUUUGUCAAACUAUAUUACAAACAGUUUGAUUGCUUAUCGUGGCAUAGUACCAGGGCAGGCUGCAGUGGUUAUGGUGCUUGGAGUGUUCCUUUAAAAGGACUCUGAAAGUAAUAUAUUAUAUUUGCUAGUAAAUAUCACAGAAAUACCUCCAUCCCAGACAGGUGAAGGAACUGGAGGGCACAGAGUACAGGUGGAGCUGUGUUUACAGUCAUUCUGUACAAGAGCGAUUGUAUCACCUGUAACUUAAUCCUUUUUUUUUUUUUUUUUCUCCUUUAUCUACAGACCGAGCACUUAAUGGGCCAUUCUUUAUUAAAUAAAAACAAGAAAUAAUAUUAAUUCCAGCCCCCAUACAGACUCCCCCCUGACGCCCUGCAUACAGUAGAAUAAAUGAUUGAUUCUAUUUUAGUCCAAAGCCCUCAUGGUCGUCUGACCGUCACUAGACACGUAGGAAUUGCACAAACCGUGCCGUUUCUCAGACAUGCAAGGCUGCAGGGGUGUUAAGCUGAAGUGACUGUCAUUUGACAUGUGCUGAGCAACAAAAGAUAAAUCUCUACAGGUCCAUCCAAAUGGCUGUAAUAAUGGGAACAUUACGGUUAUUGCUCCAGAUAAGCAGAGAAAAUGCCACCCUCUUAGAACAGCCGCCUUUAAUCAGUUAAAGGCUGAGAUAGCUUCCCUUCUCUAGAAAAUAAGUAACUACACAAUAUAGGGCAAAGUGUAUUAGAUAACUCAUUUAUAUCACGGAUCAGGAAACCUUCAAGGCAUUCUUGGUUCAACAAACUUUCAGAAUACGUACACCUUAUUAAUGUGUACCUGAAAUACAGAUACCGUGUGUUUGACUUUGUGUAUUUUCUAUUUUAUUCUCUAUUAUGUUCUAAUAUAUGCAGAUUUUUUUAGUACAUUAUCUAGUUUGUACAAGGUAUGUUCUGUACCAUAACUUUGCACUCAUGAUCAGUUAUGGGGCUUCUAGUGCCGCAAAAGGUACAUAUCUAAUCUAUCGGGUAUAUUCACUAUAUGGGGGUAUAAGUGAGAAUUGAAUUCAGAGUGAAAGUGUAAAGGAAAACUAUAGUGUUAGAAAUACAGAAAACUGCAUGUCUAAUACUUUAGUGCACUCUGGCGCCCACCCCCUCCGCCAUCAGCCUGUAGGGGGUACCUAAUGCGUAUGCUCGGUAAGUGCCGCACGCAGGCGCAUUGGGACUUCCCCAUAGGAAAUUAAUUUCUCCAGAUGGAAAGCGUGAAGACGUUCAGCGUCAUUUCACAGAGUCAAACUCCAUGAAACUGCAGGAAGCGCCUCUAGAGACUAGUCUUUAGAACUGUAAGGCAGGGAUUAAAGGGGCAAGGACACUGCACCCAGACCACGUCAAUGAGAUGAAAUGGUCUGGGUGCCUAUAGUGUCCCUUUAAGGUCAGAGUAUCUGAACUGGAGGCACAGUCCACUUGACUUUUUCAUGUUCAGCUAUUUGGCCUCAGAUCGGAAAUAAUAUUAUUAUUAUAUUAUUUAUCUAGCGCCAGCAAAUUCUGUAGCGCUGUACAAUGGGAUAGAAUUCUUGAUCGUUCUCACAAAGGCACGAUGUCCUAAACCGCAAUUAAAAUCAAUAUUUGCAUUAUAGAAAGUCACAAAUGUGGCAUGUGAGUAGCUGCAUCACAUCAUCCCUACCUUUCUAGAGCAUUUCAGAUAUAUGAUGUGUGGUUUGCAGAAGGAAAUAGGGAGAAUUAAGCUUAGAGACACUACAGGCACCAAGCCCACUUCAUCCCAUGGAAAUGGUCUGGAUACAGUGUCCCUUUAACCCUGCACUGUAAAAUAUAAGCAGUUUGGGAAUUAUUCGCAAUAAUUACAUUGAGGGUUUAACCAACAUCUAGGCACGGUCUUCCAGUUUAGUAUGAGGACGUGUAAGAUCUAUAAAUUCCCCAUAUAUUAAAUGCUUUCUAUGUGGACGCUUUACUAUGCAGCAUUUACUGUAUAUACACAUUCGGUCCCCGCACCACGGGAGGCGUUUACCUAGCCAUCACUGCUGGAAAAAAGCAUGUGGAAAAGUUUUGUUUUUUGUUAAGCCUUUGAAAAAGGAGGGGGGGACCUUUAAAGUUAGGGACACUAUAGGGUUAGUAAUACAGGUUCAUGUUAGUAACACUAGUUUUCUUCUAAAGAAACACCCCAGGCACCAUGACAACUUCAUUUCAGGCAAGUUGUAAUGGUACCCAGAGUUUUUCGUCACAGUCUUACCUUUAAAGAAAUAUUCUGGCACAGUAACAGCUUUAUAGGCACCCAGACAUCUUUAUCUAGUUUAAGUUGUUUGACUUUGCAGGGAUAGUAAUGUUUUCAUUGCAGGGUUAAUGCGCCUCUAAUGCGCUCCCUCGGCUGUAGCCGCAUUUAACGCGGUUAUAGAUCAUUUGAUUUUACACAGUGCAUAGUUUUGCCAUAAAUGCUCACUAGGCUCCCGAUGCUUCCCUAUGAGGAAGCGUUGGAUUGGCUGACAUUAGUGAGACUGACGAUCUCUGAAAGGGAGGUAGUAUGGAGACUAGCGUGCUGCAGGAUGUAUAGGUAAGUAUCACUUACAGAGGGGGGCACCUACUUUUUGAUAUAAUUGAAGCAGAAGUUACCCUCUGCAUUAGCUAGAUGAAUGUCCUGCCAUUUGAAUUUUAGUCCUUGGCUAAAAGCUGACAUUAUCUGCCAACCAGUUUUGUCUAAACACAGGCAGAAUUGAUGUCAUUAUUAUGGGAGUAAGAAUGUCUGGAAUGGAGAUGUCCAGGAGCCCUACAGGUUUAUGGACUAACGUGAGAAUUCAAAGUUCAUUUUAGACUUGAAAAGGAUAGUUUAGGCUGCAUAAAGGUAGGGAUCGACCGAAUAUCGUCCGAUGUUCUGCAUUUUCAGCACCCUAUAAAGAUAUUGCAGCUGAAGGAGGGAGAGAGGACCCGGGGGAGCUUUUACCUGCAGCUUCAUCGGGCUCUCUUCUCGCGAGCUUGGAACGUUGCAGCAGUUUCCACGGUAAAUAAUUCUGACUGACAUGUAUAUUUUGUGCAUUUACCUUAAUAAAAAAAGAUUUGCAAAAAAAUAAAAUAAACAUGUUCAGUUACAGUAGAUUUGUAUAGAAAGUUUAUUUUUUCAAAACGGUAAAUGUACAGACUGUCGGUAAAUUAUCGGCUAUCGGCCUGAAAGUUCAGAUUAUCGGUAUCUGCUCUAAAAAAAAAAAAAAAAAAGCCAAUAUCGGUCAAUCCCUAGCAUAAGGCAACAUCUUCUAAAUUAAUUUGUUAUACUACCAGGAGGCCCCCAGGCACAUUCUUAUCUUCAGAAGUUAACCCCAAAGUUACCUCCAGUGGCAUCCAGCUUCUCAAUUUUAACUUUCAGGAAGCACAGAGUGUGCUGAUUGGCUGACAAGAGCCAAACGGGUUAACUGCUUAGUGUGGGUUGGUGUCUGGAGACUCCGUAACCACAAGCACCGCAGGCUGUUGUAGAUGUUUGACUGCACCAUUAUGCUACAUUUAUCUUCCUUGUGCUCCGUAUUCUGCAAUAGAACCAUAUGAGAAUACAUUAAACUGUUGUCUACAUAAUUACAUUCUAUCUCAGAGUAAAUUAAUCCAAAUGGAAAAAUGCAGAGGACAGCAAGUCAUCUCAUGCUGAUAAAUACUGGUAUAAUUUUGUUCUGUAAAGAAAGUUAGCUGUGAUAUCUUGCUUUCUGUGUUUCAUGUACAUUAAGGGAGUUUACACGGGCAGAGUACUCACCCUCCAGGACCAACUGGUGCAGAUUGGAAAGUUGAAUGCAGAAGCUGUUCGAGGUCAGUGGGCAAACUUAUCUUGGGAGCUCUUGUACGCUACAAACGAUGACGAAGAACGUUACAGCAUUCAAGCUCAUCCAGUGCUUUUACGAAAUUUAACUGUGCAAGCGGCAGACCCGCCACUUGGAUAUCCAAUUUACUCCUCCGUACCACUCCACGUGCCUUUGUAUUAACCCUUUGUACUGUGUCUCUGCAUGUCCAGUGGGAAAUAACCAUUUUAUGACCGAUGUAGUUACACGACAAUAGAUGCUGCUCUUGGACAUUUUAGUGUUCAGAAUUUUUUUAUUUUUUAAAUUAACUGCAUGUACAGAAUUCCUGGGAUACAGUGGUAUUCACAUUACCUCUAGAUAAGUGCUCUCACUUAGUUACAUUUUCUCUCAAUAUUAUAGCAACCAGACAAGUGACUUAAAUAGGUCAUUGCUUCCAGUGUAAAAUGUGUACAAUCAAAAAAAAACAAGAUCUACAAUGUUUGACCAAAUUGUUUAUAAUGUAUCAAUUCUUUUAUAAAAUAUUCAUGUUUAUUGUAAUAAAGCAAAGUUUGUGGUUUCUUAUUAAGUCUUUUUUCCCUACUCUGUCAAAGUUAAUCAGAACUAGAACACUCAUAGUGUCACAUUCUGGCAGUGCAGCAUGGGAGAUGUAGUUAACCAGCGGGUGAAAGGUCAUAACCUGAGGGCAUGUUAAACAAUUCUAAAUAAAACCUAUAUAAAUUCCUAUUCCACCCUAGAAACUGCCACGAAUUAAGGUGAAUGUCAAACCUAGUCCAAGAUAUAUCAAUUAGAAUAUUUUUACAUUUUUCCAGCUCAGGUAUUUUGGAAUCAAUAUGCAACAGCAUAUUGUAAAUAAAUCAAAACUUCAAAAAAAUACAGAACAUUCCAAACAGGCAAUAAAGAAAUACAUGGAUAAAUGUUUGAAAAUGAUCUGAGUACUACAAGUAAUACAGCAUCAGGGGAUUCCUGGCUCCAUAACCACUGCAGCAGGUUGUGGUGGUUUUGGUGCCAGACCUCCCUUUUAAAGAGACACAGCUGGAUUUUGCCACUGUUUAAAAAAUAAAUAAAUUACAUUUAAAUAUUCCUCAUUUACAAAACAAAUUUAAAUCAGGAAUCUGAUUUCCAUUCUAUUAAGGCUGAAUUUAAUAUAUUUAUUCCAUCUUACUAGCAGAUUUCAAAAGUCUCUGUGCACACACAUUUUGUUUACAUUUGCAGUUGCUGAAAAUAAAAAAAAUAAAAUAAAGUAUAUUGGUGAGCAAAAACAAUUGGGGGAAAAUUCACUUACAAGCAAUAACUAUAAACACUCCAUUUCAGAAAACUGAUGAGACAGUGAGUAAAUGGAUAACAGCCUGUUUGUAGCUACGAUCAGCAUAUUGAGUAGCCAGCCCACUCGGAGAUCUCCAGGUGAGGGUUGAACAAGAAAUGUUGCAGCCGUGGUUUACGGGAUAUGAAGAACCCCACAGACCAGGCUCCUUUUUGAUUGAGUACUGGUCUGGGUGCAGCUAGCUUGCAGUUUAUUAGCCGAAUACAGCAGGAAAGUUAAAUACAAGGAGUUUCCCUCCCCCCCCAUAUUGUUUAGUGCAUUAUCGUUAUGAAUGGGGUUACUUACAGCCUUCCACAGUGACAAUCUCAGUACAAAAUCGUAUAAACAUGAAUCAAGGGUUGUGGUUUCAUUAGAACAUAUUGUACGAAUACAUUGACAUUUCUCCUUUUUGAAGUAUUGCCUGAAUGCUGCAUUGAAGAAGUCAUAAAGGGGUUUCUUCUAAUUGAUCUUUUUUGUAAAGUAUGAAGAAUCUGCGUCCUAAAAUAAAAACAACAACAAAUCAUACACUGGUGCAUUUCUGCUAAAAACAAACAUUUUGUGAAACCAUUAAGUUCAUAUUUGAUUAGAU